AUGGCAUCCCUUGCCCUCCCAUCACUAUUGCGCACAUCCACCCGUACAUGGCGGUCCAUCCCCGCACUUGCCCCGGGUUUCGCCCGCAGCUUGUCAACGAAACACCCAGCAGGGUUCAUACCCCCAACUGAAGAUGAGCUCGUCGAGCUCCGAGAACGAGUGCAAGAUUUUACAAGGCGAGAGAUUCCAGCCGAGGUUGCGGCGCGGACGGAUGAACAGAAUAAUUUCCCUGCGGAGAUGUGGAAGAAACUCGGUGAUGCUGGGCUACUCGGUAUUACAGCGGAUGAAGCAUACGGUGGACUGGGAAUGGGCUACCAAGCGCAUUGCGUGGUGAUGGAAGAGAUUAGUCGAGCGUCUGGAAGUAUUGGUCUCUCUUACGCCGCGCACUCUCAGCUCUGUGUCAAUCAACUUUCGCUGAAUGGAAACGAAAAACAAAAGGAGCGGUUCUUGCCUGAACUUCUCGCUGGUGAGAAGGUUGGUGCCUUGGCCAUGUCGGAGCACUCUGCUGGCUCGGAUGUUGUCAGUAUGAAGACCACUGCGAAGGAGGUGAAUGGCGGCUGGGUAUUGAACGGGACGAAGAUGUGGAUCACCAAUGGCCCCGAGGCCGACUUCGUGGUUGUGUAUGCGAAGACACAACCCGAUAAAGGCUCCAAGGGGAUCACGGCCUUUGUGGUUGAGAAAGGGUUUGAGGGCUUCAGCUGCGCUCAGAAGCUGGACAAACUUGGUAUGCGUGGUUCCAAUACCGGUGAACUUGUCUUCGACAACGUCUUUGUUCCCCGAGAGAAUGUUUUGGGGGAGCUAAACCGCGGUGUCCGUGUUUUGAUGGAAGGCCUAGAUUUGGAGAGACUCGUUUUGAGCGCAGGACCACUUGGCAUCAUGCAGGCUGCUUUGGACCUCGUCCUCCCUUAUACACAUACUCGCAAGCAGUUUGGUAUUCCCAUUGCCCACAAUCAAUUAAUCCAGGGUAAACUUGCAGAUAUGUACACGAAGCUCGCGGCUUCAAGGGCAUACACCUAUAACACGGCACGCGAGGUAGACAAUGGUGCUGCUGCACCUGGUCCACUGGUGAUUCGUACCCAGGACUGCGCUGGCGCGAUCUUGUAUGCUGCUGAGCGCGCAACAGAGUGCGCCUUGGAUGCUAUCCAGCUGAUGGGCGGAAAUGGGUACAUCAAUGAGAUCUCAGCUGGGCGGCUACUAAGGGACGCAAAGCUGUACGAGAUUGGAGCUGGCACAAGCGAGAUUCGACGAAUGGUCAUCGGCCGUGCGUUCAACAAGGAAUAUGCAUAG